AUGGUGACGACUCGCAGCGGAGGGAGAGGUGGAGGGAAGCGCGGCGGCGGCGCGAAGCGCCCGGCGGCAUCGUCCUCCCUGCUGCUCUCGCCGACCAAGCGCGGCAAGGCGGAGAAGGCGUCGGAGGCCUCCGCGCCCGAAGCUGGGGCGGCGCCGGCGGCGGGGACGCGCUCGGGCCCCAAACCGUGGGCGAAGCUGCUUUCGCAGUGCUCUCAGACCCCCCAUGUUCCUAUCUUUGGCAACCAAAUUUCUGUUGGUAACGAUAAAAACAGUGACAUAUGGUUGGAUGACCAAACUGUUAGUCAAGAACUAUGCAUAUUGCGGCGUCUUGAGCAAGGAGGUUCAUGUGAGUUACAGGUCACGGGAAAAAAUGGUGAGGUUGCAGUAAAUAAAAGAAAAACUGGAAGAGACUCCAAAGUUCCCCUCAUAGGAGGGGAUGAAGUUGUUUUCGGUCAAUGUGGCAAGCAUGCCUAUAUUUUUCAGCAUCCUCUAAGGGGUAAUGAAGUUACUGCUGGAUCGGCUGGAGAGAAUAACCAGAGGGUAGUCGGAUCUGCUCUUGAAAAUCAGAGCGAUUGCAUCAGGUCUAGUCCAUCAGCUUCUUUGCCUCCGAGCGGAUGGCAAGCUUUUAAGGAUGGACUGAAACAAGAGAUUCUGAGCCCAAAGGAUAUUGAAGUAACCUUUGAUAAUUUCCCAUAUUAUCUCAGUGAGAGCACAAAGGAGAUACUCUUAUCAUCUGCAUUCAUACACAUGAAAAAGAAGUCUAGGAAAUUCUUACCAAAACUUUCACCUUUAGACCAGCGAAUUCUGUUAUCUGGCCCACCAGGGUCUGAAAUUUACCAGGAAAGAUUGAUAAAGGCACUUUCAAAGCGUUUUGAUGCUAGACUUCUGAUACUUGAUUCUCUUAUGCUGUGUGGUACGUCUUCUAAGUUUGGAGAGUCCAUAAAGGAUGUCCGGAGGGAUGUUGCACCUUCUAGUUCAGGAGAUGAUAUUGUGGGGACAUCCAACAGACACACUUUCGAAGAAGGUGAUUGGGUAGAGUAUACUGGUACUAGUUCAUUAAAUCUGGCACCAAGGGGCCCUUCUUGUGGUUCUCGAGGCAAAGUGGUGCUUGCUUUUGGAAAAACCGGUCCUCCAAAGUUGGAGUUAGAUUUAGCAAUCCUCUUUGGAACUUCGCCAGACUCUUCUGGUGGAGUUGAUAGCAUUGCUUUAGGAAAGUUAAUUGAGGUCAUUUCAGAAGAAAGCAAAAGCAGUAGUUUGAUUGUGUUACUCAAGGAUGUAGAGAAAUCAUUCACCGAAUGUAGAGAAUUGCAUACAUCACUAAGUGAACUUCCUGCUGGUGUUCUGAUAAUUGGGUCUCAGAUUCAUGCAGAGAACCGCAAGGAUCAGUCUCAUCCUGGAGUUCCGGGGCUUCCUAGAGACAUCCAGGCACUGCUUGAUAUUAUUAUGGAAACCUUCCCAAGCAAAUUUCCUACCAAGCCAAUGGAUUCCUUGAAAGACAGAAGCAAAUGUCCUACCAAGUCAAUGGAGCAUCUAAAUAAUCUUUUCCCUAAUAAAAUUUGCAUUAAACUUCCCCAGAAUGAAGCACAGCUAUCUGAUUUCAAGAAACAACUAGAUUGUGAUACUGAAACCCUUAGAGCUAAAGCCAAUAUUCUUAAUAUUCGUAAGUUUCUGAUCAGCAGAGGAAUUGAAUGCAAUGAUCUUCAAGAAUUACCUAUCAAAGAUCAAUUACUAACUAAUGAAGAUUUGGAAAAGAUUGUUGGAUAUGCUAUUAGUUAUCACCUUCAUGACAGUGAACCCCCAAAUGAUGGCAAAUGGGUACUUCCAAUCGAAAGGCUCAAGCAUGGAUUCAGUAUGUUACAGAUUGCACAGAGUGGAGCUAAGAGAUCAAAGAAUGCACUAAUGGAUGUGGUCACAGAGAAUGAAUUUGAGAAAAAUCUUCUAUCAAAUAUUAUCUCACCUAAUGACACUGGAGUUACCUUUGCGAACAUUGGAGCCCUGGACAAUUUGAAAGAUACACUGAGGGAAUUGAUAAUGCUCCCUCUGCAAAGAUCUGAAUUGUACAGCAAAGGGCAGCUAACAAAGCCUGUGAAGGGAAUACUGCUCUUUGGACCUCCUGGAACAGGUAAAACAUUGCUUGCAAAAGCAGUAGCAACUGAGGCAGGUGCAAACUUUAUCAAUGUAUCAAUGUCAAGCAUUACCUCAAAGUGGGUUGGAGAUCAAGAGAAAUACGUCAAGGCCAUUUUUUCUCUAGCUAGUAAACUAUCUCCUGCAGUAAUAUUUGUUGAUGAGGUUGACAGUUUGCUAGGAAUAAGGGGAGGACCAAGGGAGCAUGAGGCAACGCGCAAGAUGAAAAAUGAAUUUAUGAUACAUUGGGAUGGUUUGCAUACUAAAGAGCAAGAACGCGUAAUCGUUCUUGGAGCCACAAAUAGGCCAUUUGACCUUGAUGAUGCUGUUAUUCGAAGGUUUCCUCGCAGAUUAAUGGUGAGCCUUCCUGACAAGUCAAAUAGAGAAAAGAUUUUGAAAGUAAUACUAUCCAAAGAAACAUUAGAACCAGAUGUGGAUCUUGAAUCAAUUGCCAAAAUGGCUGAUGGAUAUUCAGGAAGUGACUUGAAGAAUCUCUGUGUAACUGCGGCACAUCGUCCCAUUCGUGAAAUUAUUGAGAAGGAAAAGAAGGAGAAGAGUCUGGCAAUAGCUGAAGGUAGACCUGAGCCUCCGUUGUAUGGAAAGAAGGACAUUCGCCCACUUGGAAUGGAUGACUUGAAAUUUGCGCUUGGACAGGUGUGUGCUAGCGUUCCAUCUGAUUCAGAAACCAUGGCCCAAAUUUCUGAGUGGAAUGAUGAAUUUGGAAGCGGCAGCGGGUCGAGAAAGAAGAAGACUCUACCGACACAACAGUCCACAUACUUCAUGUAG